AUGGAGCAUCAGAGAUGUUACAUCUAUGAGCCGCCGCACACGCAGGAUCGCGCGCCCAAGCGCCAACGGACAGGCAAAUUCGAGCCGCAGGCGCAGCUGCGCGACCGGCUGGCGACGUACCGCACUCUAUGGGCACGGCAGGAAGAGCGGAUCCAAAACACGCUAGAAGGCGCCGACAGCGCGACCCAGGAGAAGAUUGUGAAUUUCAUCUCUACGGCCAGUUCAUGUGCACAUGAGCCCCAGUCUGCCGUUCCAACAGCGCUGAUUGUCGCUGGGCCCAGCAUUGCGUCUCACGGCCCGUUCUUCGAGCGCCUCGGCAGGAGCAUCAGACAUGGCAAUAGCGCAUAUGCUGUGCUUACCUCGAGCGAAUGUCCCAAUCUCAAGGCGCUGCUGAAGAAUCUCAUCAAGAAGGUGACGUCGCGCGUUGACGACGACGAUGAGGAAGAUGAUGUUGAUCGCCCGUCUGCGUCGUCGAGACAUGGUCCGAAGCUGCUGAAUUACGACCUUGGCCAUAUCCAGGAGUGGCAUAGGAAAUCACGUGUAGAGAGCAUUGUGGUGGCGUUGCAGGAUAGCGAGGCGUUUGAUGUUGGACUGCUUGUCGAUUUUGUUGAUCUCCUGCACACAUGGCUUGAUCGUCUUCCCUUUGUGCUGCUGUUUGGCAUUGCGACGUCUGCAGAGAGUUUCGAGGAACGGCUCUCAGGCCACUCUUUGCGCUACCUCCAAGGCCAAAAGUUCGAUGUCACGCAGUCAGACGACACCAUUGAGAAACUGUUUCGAGCUACCGUUGCCAGUACACAUGUGGGUCUGCACAUUGGAUCCAACAUCUGCCGGCGCAUGCUCGAUCGGCAGAAAGAUCACGUGCAGAAUACGCAGGACUUUUGUGACGGGCUCAAGUACGCUUACAUGUCGCAUUUCUAUGCUAGUGUGCCGAGUGUGUUCCUCAACCAAGACAUUGCGUUUGAUGCUGUGACGCCAGACGCGUUCGAGGCACUGCGGAAUCUGCCGUCUUUCCGACGAUGGAUAGAAGAGAUACUGGAGCAGGGCCGUGUGCAAGACGUGCGGAGCGCGCUUGAAGACAACAGAUAUCUGUUUGAUCAAGUCGCCCAGCACAUAGAAUCCGGUCAGCAAGCCAUGGCAACCAUGAGCCACGCUACAAGCGUGCUUGCCAGCAUACGCGAAUCACUGCAACUGUCGCCCAACGUACGGCUUUCGACUCUAUGGACGCGUGCAGCCGCCGGCGAGCUGGCUGGAUCGCCGCUUGUUCGCGAGACCAUGCUGUCGAUCAAGAAGAUCCCAUCUGACAGACUAGUCCAAUUGCUUAUAUCACUGCGCGAUCUCGCCGGCAAGUACUUUCCCCUGGACAUUGUCUCGUCGGAGCAGAAACUGGAAAGCCUGCUGCAAAAUGCCGACGCGCCUCUCCGCACGCAGCACGACGUCCGCAACGAUAGUCUGCGCACGACAGUCGUAGCGCAAAAGGUGCUCUUGAGCAAGCACAAAGCCGCGCUGUCGGAGCAAGACAAGGCCUACUCGGACCUGGUAACGCAGUUCCACGACGACCUGGACGCGUACUUGAGUGCGGCGCUGGUCGAUCCACGGACCUUGUUUCUCGCGGAAAUCCUCUUGUACGACCUCAAAUCCCCGCAUGUAGAGGUGUUCCAGCCCAAGCCCCGGUUUGCGGUCGAGCGGGCGCUGGCGUCGCCCCAUGACUAUCUGGGGUGUGAGUGUUGCAGCGGCGUAGAGGGCAACGCGGCAGCGCUGUCGGCGACGCAGCCCGCAACGGCCAUUGUGUAUCAGAUGUACCUUGAGUCUGGCACUUUGAUCAACGUGAGCGAUCUGUGGUCUGCUUUCAACGCGAUUGCCGGAGAUGGGGCUGAAGAGACGGAACCCAAGACGAUCGCGCUCUUCCAGCGAGCACUGGCUGAGCUCAGGUACCUGGGCUUGGUGAAGCCAAGCCGAAAGAAGACGGACCAUAUAUCCAAGAUUAUGUGGAAAGGACUAUAG